AUGUCCACGCAGGGAACCGAGGGGUGGAGCACGCAACUGCCAGGACCUUGUAGGCGGAACAUACCGCGGCCGGACCUUGUGGGUGGACCGCACCUCUGCCCACGCACUGCAGCCGGGACCUUGCGGGGACACGAAGCUGCCAGGACUUGGUCCGUGGGCGCACCGCUGCCAGGACCUGCGAGGGGCACAAAGCUGCCAGGACCUGCGGGGUGGAGCGCACCGCUGCCAGGACCUGCGUGGGGCACAGAGCUGCCAGGACCUGCGGGGUGGAGCGCACCGCCGCCAGGAGCCCGCCCACGCGCGCGUUCCCGGCGUUGGUGUCGUCGUCGUCAGGGUCCUCGUCCCCGUCCCGGGCCAGCUCUCCGGCCCGCUCUCUGGCCGCCCCGGCCCUCUCUGCCCGCGCCCUCGCCGGCCCCGCCGCCCGCAGCCCUGGCGCUCCCCGCCGGCCCCGCCGAGGCCGCCUGUGCCCUGUGCCAGCGCGCGCCGCGGGAGCCGGUGCGUGCCGACUGCGGCCACCGCUUCUGCCGGGCGUGCGUGGUGCGCUUCUGGGCCGAGGAAGACGGGCCGUUCCCGUGCCCCGAGUGCGCCGACGACUGCUGGCAGCGCGCCGUGGAGCCCGGCCGCCCGCCGCUCAGCCGCCGCCUGCUGGCGCUCGAGGAGGCGGCCGCGGCGCCCGCGCGCGACGGGCCGGCCAGCGAGGCCGCGCUGCAGCUGCUGUGCCGCGCCGACGCCGGGCCGCUGUGCGCCGCCUGCCGCAUGGCCGCGGGCCCCGAGCCGCCCGAGUGGGAGCCGCGCUGGAGGAAGGCGCUGCGCGGCAAGGAGAACAAGGGGUCCGUGGAAAUCAUGAAAAAAGACUUGAACGAUGCCCGGGACCUGCACGGCCAGGCGGAGUCAGCGGCUGCCGUGUGGAAGGGACACGUGAUGGACCGCAGGAAGAAGGCCCUGACUGACUACAAGAAGCUGCGGGCCUUCUUCGCUGAGGAGGAGGAGCACUUCCUGCAGGAGGCUGAGAAAGAGGAGGGCGUCCCGGAGGACGAGCUGGCUGACCCAGCCGAGCGGUUCCGGUCCCUGCUGCAGGCCGUGUCGGAGCUGGAGAGGAAGCACCGCAACCUGGGCCUCAGCAUGCUGCUGCAGUGAUGACGUGGACCCUGCAGGGUCCCCUGGAGCCCGAGGCAGAGGGGACAGAUCCUCACCUCCGAGGGACCCGUCAGCUGUAGAUGCAGGAAGCGUCUCCGGUGCCUCCGCCUUCGGUUGUUCCAGAUCAUACAUGUUUCAACACUGUUCCUUUUCCCUUCUUCUUGAGGCGUGGAUGUGUUUGGGGCUGUAGACAUUUCCCCUAGUGGCUAGUCACUCCCCCACCUGCACCCAGCCCCUCCCCGGGCCCUGGUCAAGGCUCAUUCCUCCAUCAGAGACUCACCCAGCGCCUCGGGGCCCACACUUUCCUCCCGGGUCACCAGCGGCCUCAAUGCCUGUGCAUGGGGAUGUCACUUUGGCACAAAGGGAACCAGACCCCACACCUUCCAAAGGGUGCCUGGGACGGGGCUGUUCCUUGGGCAGGCUUUUGGGGUUAGCAUCUGGGAGAAGAGAGCACACGAAGGGUCCUGGGGUGCGCUUGGAACCCAGCUCCUCGGGGAAGAGAAAGAAAGUGCAACACUCUCAAUGUCCCCUGAGAGAGGGGCCCUCCUGCCCCUGCGGGGGGUGUGGGCGCACGGUGCCUCGUCCCAGUGGCCCUGUCCACCUCCGUCCUCCCCGUUGCCCCUCCUGGCCGACGUGGCCAUGCAGGAACCCUCCCUACGCCUGGUCCCCCCUCUCUAGCAGGGUCCCCCGGGCCCUACCGUGGCAUUUCAUCUCGCUGUAUCUUUGGCUUGUUCUUCAUAUUUCCUCUGGUAGGUGAAUCUCGCAAAACUCAUGACGUAGCAGUAGCGCAGUUGCCUGCAGCAUCCUCGUGUGUAGAGUAAUUAGUCCAGUUCACAAAACUCAGCACAGGGUAGACAUAAUGGCCAGGUCGGGAACAUGGAUGCAGACAGACAUUUCAACUCGGGUGAUAACCAGGCCAUGGGGGGCCGGGGCCCAUUUCCCAGCCCCCAGAAGUCCCCAGCCUUGGUGUGAUGGCUGUGAGUCUGAGCUGCCCAGCUUGUGAGCUGGGCUCCCGAUGCCAAAUAAAGUGGGUUUGCUCCA